UAUUUUCUUAUACGUACACUAACUGCAAGGAACAUGUUUUAUUUAGAACAAAAAAGGCUAAAGGGACCCAAACUCGACGUUGUCUGUUGUGACCACGGGUAUGAACUAUGUGCGAGUCCACAAUGGCCUGAUCACGGAAAACAAAACUAAUGGCCCACUGCCCUGUUCUGGUGUUUACACCGGAAGUGCCCCUUGGCGACCAACGAGUCCCUAGCAACCGCCAGCGAAAACUAACACAAAAAUGGCAAAGACCGUCGGUGCCAAAAAAUCACUUUGGGAACAAGUGUGUGAAGAGUAUGAAGCUGAGCAGCCCAGUCCUCCCAGUGCUGUGUGGACAGAUAGAAGCUCAGUGAGCACCCAGUUCUCCCAGUACAGCGCCAGCACACCCUCCCCGGCCUUUUAUGGACUCACCACAGCCAAGGUGGUUGUAGAUGAUUAUCAUCUGAGAGACUCUGACCCACUUCUGUGCCAACUUGAUCUUGCUGACUACUCUGUGUUAGGAAAACCUCCUUCUCCAAGCCAAAAGUCCCUGUCAGCAGUUAGAACUGCAUCGACUCCACAACAUCCUGUGACAAAGUUCUUGGAGAAGAGAGUGUUUCCAGUGUUGUUGCCUGGACUGGAGGCUUUGCUGAAAGAAGCUCAGAAACAUGGAUGUUUCCAGAGGAAGCAAACACCAUUUAACCCAUGUGACUUUCUAACUGAGUGGUUAUACAACCAUAACCCCCACAGACAAGGACAGGUCCCCGUGAACUUCCAUGACAUCCCCUUUGUCAAGGACUGGCUCAUCAUGCAUCCUAGGCCUCCAAUCCCUCUGUUUCUGCUGCUGAGCGAGGAUCAGGCUGCUCUGCACGUCCAGGCAUUCUGGAGGGGAUACAAGGUCAGGGCACGUCCAGAUGUACAGGAGCUGCGCCAGUGGCAGAAAGAACUGAGAGAGAACCAUGACAAUAACGAAACUGUCAAACAGUUCUGGUCCCACCCAGGAAGCCGAGUGAGCUCAGCGAUGACAGACCUUCCAGCAAGUCCUCAGCAUGGCAACUCUGAUGUGUCCAUCCAAGUGGUUCCCGCCACCCCUCAGAGCAACAUGGUCCACACUCCCAUCGCUCAGAUGUCCUCUGAGGCCGAUGGGUGGCUGAGUCCCAGCCUGCACAGCAUAGAGGAAAAUGGCAUUCACACCCUCACUAAAUAAUUUCCUGGUUGUAGCCAAACCUGUGACAAAUCCCUGACUGCAAUCUCCAUCUUCGUUAGGAACGGUGGUGGUACUGAAAUCAUUAGCUCUGUGUACAGUGGUGUUUAAAGGCUAUUAAACUCUGUUAGGUGGAUGUCUGACCAAAAUGAUCAGUCAAACAAGCCAUUAUAAAGGCCUGUAUCACUUUGUUAUGACCAGGCAGAGAUUUACAGUCUGAGAACCAUGUCUAAUUAGUUGAUUGCUUUCAUUGCCUUUUUGAUGGAUCACUUCCCCGCUUGAGUUUUGCCCAACAAAUGAACACCAUAUAGUACGGUUCACAUAUUCUACUGUCGGGAGUGAAACCUCUUGUAACAGAUGUAAUAUUUCCCCUCUGUGCCUCUAGGUGAUAGCUCACUGGAAGAGAAUCAAACAUAUUUCCUUGACUUGUCAUUUGCCUUUUCCUUAGCAAUACAUGUCACUCCACAAAGGAGGUUAUAACGUUUCCAUUCAAGCCAGGACUUGAGGCCAGAGUGAAAGGUGACUUGUCAUACAGAGCAGCACUUCCUAUCCUGUUUAUCAGGAAAGGAAAUUACCCUGCGAUGGAAACGAAGAGUGUUUAAAAGCAUCACUCAGAUCUGACAGUGCAGUGAAAAGAAACGGUCGAUAUACUCUUGAGAGCUUACUAUUUUAAGGGAUAAUAAUCUUGUAAUACAUCUCCUAACUCUGUGUGUUGGUUUGUUGCUUGGUCUAAUAUAUGGAAACAACCACUCAUAUAUGACACUGUACGAUGGUAUACUUGUGUAGUAUAUGUUACGAAAUAAUGGUAUACUUCUGUAGUAUUUUUAGUAUUUUUGGUCUUUUGCAUGAUGUGACUAAUUGGUUGGAGUUUUUGCAGCUGGUGGCUAUCAAACUUCAUCUUACAAGCCAUGGAUCCGCCAUGGAAAGUUCAUAUUCUGGACAAAAAGACUGCAUACUGCUCAGCUGAAUCUGCAGUUCUUUGCUCUUCUUCAUGUCAGCUUUACAGACUCUCUGGCUUGUAACUGUCUUUCCCUGACUUUGUGUCAAUUAAAGUGAAUAAAGUGCACUCCUGGCACAUUUCCAUCACUCCUUGCACCCAGCACACCUGAGAGGACACUUCUGGUUUCCUCGCCAGUGUCUCUGCAGAGCAGCGAGGUGGCGGUCUUGUGAUAGAUGGCUUUCCUGACCAUCCCAGUCACCAGUGCACACUGCCUCGCAGUGCGGCAUGAGGAAGGUCAUGUAUCUCCCUUUGCAGGUGCUGUAUGUAGAGUCUGGGGGACAGCUGCCACAGGGUAAGGUGAUAAAACAGCCCAUUUCAUUCUGGGGACAUCUGAUAGUGCAGCCAGCUCCACAGAGUCUAGUAGCACUGGGCCUGACUGAAACUGGAUCACACAGCAACAGAAGGGAGUGCACACCCAGCUGCCAGAGAAAAGCCAGAUAACAACUGGUUCUGGACUACGAUUCCAAGCUUAAGGUGGAAGUGUAAAAUACAACUGUGUUUACACAGAGAGAACCGAGCGAAACUGAAACAUUUCAGCUCUGUGUGGACUGGGAUUACACUGAUUCAAAGUUACAUUAACACAAUGUUCUUAAAUAUAACUGGUAAAGCAAAUAUUAUUGCCAUGUCAUGUCUAGGGUCUUAUGUGUAAAAGCUGCUGACACCUGUAGAACUGAUACUUCAUCUUUGGGAUUUAAAAGAAAUUGUUGGAUUUUAAAUUUUCCCCCUCUUUGAUUUACUAAGGAAACUGGCUGUUUGCAGCAGCUUUAUAUUAACCAGACAUAAGUGGUAUCAGUCUUCUCUUAACUCUUGGCGAGCAAGUGAAUUCAUCUUUUGCGGAUUUUGCUGUGGAAUUUGUUUUAAAAUCUGAUAAGGAUUUUGUGUAUUUUAUUUUUCAGCACUCCAACAAUGACAUCUAUCAACCUCAGUAUUUGUCUAGCUCUUAUUUUGGCACUGUAUCACUACCUGGAAAAAAAAAACACCAUAUACAAUUGAACGUUAACUACAAACAUGACACUUUAUUGAACUUUUUUUCCUGAAUCAGUUACAGAAUCAAGAGAGUUAACUUUUUCUUUUCUAUUCUUUUUUUAAUUAGGGGAAUCGUGUUCUAUACAUAGGCAUGCUGCGUCACUGCACAGUCACAGCUGUGAAAACCAAUAUCACCCCUGUCAGCUGCCCCAUCGGAACA